CCAACAGAAACCACUCACUGCGCGCUCUUGGCAGCUGUGGUCGCAGUCUCAACAAGUCAGCCAACUAGCUAGGGAACCGGUAAUAAUGGAGGAGGCCACGGGAAUGGAGGUGGGAGUCUCACUGGAAGCAGGUAAGCCGGCGGCGGCGCCGUGGGGCAUGCUCUACUACGGCGUCCCGGCCCUGCUCGUGCUAGGCGCGCUCUACCGGGCGGCGGAGAGGUGCUGGCUGGGGCCGCGGCGGGUCGCCGGCGCGCUCCAGGGGCAGGGGCUCCGCGGCACCGCGUACCGGUUCCCCGCCGGCGACCUACCGGAGAACGCCCGGCGCAGCAAGGAGGCGCGGGCUAAGCCCAUGCCGCCGUGCCACGACAUUGUCCCCCGGGUGGCCCCGCUCCUUCAGGACAUCGUCAAGGAGUACGGCAACGUGUGCAUCACCUGGUUCGGCACAACGCCGAGAGUGGUCAUCGCUGAGCCAGAGCUAGUGAAGGACAUCCUAUCCAACAAGUUUGGCCACUUCGAGAAAUUCACCCUCAAAAGUCUCGGGAAAUUGAUCGCCCUCGGGCUCGCGAGCUACGAAGGCGAGAAAUGGGCGAGGCACAGGAGGAUCCUGAACCCUGCUUUCCAUCUCGAAAAGCUCAAGCACAUGUUGCCGGCUUUCUCGACGUGCUGCAGCGAGAUGAUCGACCGUUGGGACAGUAAACUAGCUGGCUCUGAUGGACCGUUCGAGCUAGACAUCUGGCAGGAGUUUCAGAACCUCACCGGAGACGUGAUCUCCCGGACGGCGUUCGGCAGCAGCUUCAUGGAAGGGCGAAGGAUCUUCCAGCUGCAGGAAGAGCAAGCUGAUCGAAUCAUCAAGACCAUCCAGUAUAUCUACAUCCCAGGCUACUUGUACUUUCCAACUGAAAACAACAGGAGGAUGAAGGAGAACAGCCGAGAGAUAGAAGGGCUCCUGAGGGGCAUCAUCGAGAAGAGGAGCCGCGCCGUCGAGAACGGCGAGCUCAGCGGCGACGACCUGCUCGGGCUGAUGCUCAAGUCCAACAUGGACAGCGGUGAGCCGUCCAACCUGAGGAUGAGCACGGAGGACGUGAUCGAGGAGUGCAAGCUGUUCUACUUCGCCGGCAUGGAGACCACGUCGGUGCUGCUCACCUGGACGCUCGUCGUGCUAUCCAUGCACCCCGAAUGGCAGCACCGCGCCAGGGAAGAGGUCUUGAGCGCGUUCGGCCGCGACAAACCCAACUUCGACGGCUUGAGCCGACUGAAAACGGUGACGAUGAUACUGCAUGAGGUGCUCAGGCUGUACCCGCCGGCGGUCACGUUGAGCCGAAGAACAUUCAAGGAGAUUCAGAUUGGGGGCAUCACGUACCCGGCUGGUGUGGGCCUUGAGCUGCCCAUAAUCCUGAUUCACCACAACACCGAUGUGUGGGGGAAGGAUGCCCAUGAGUUUAAGCCAGAGAGGUUCGCGGAUGGGAUCUCCAAGGCGACCAAGACCAAUCAGCAGGCGUUCUUCCCGUUCGGUUGGGGCCCGAGGAUCUGCAUUGGCCAGAACUUCGCGAUGCUUGAGGCCAAGAUGGCGUUAUGCGUGAUACUUCAGAACUUUGAGUUUCAGUUGUCGCCCUCGUACACCCAUGCUCCUUACGCCAGUGUCACGCUACAUCCGCAGCAUGGUGCACAAAUUAUACUCACAAGACUAUGAUCAUCUGGUUUUGGUAGCAGCGGCCACCCGUGAAUCCGCUUAUAUAUAUAUAUGUCAUUUUCGAUUUUCCAUAGGCUAAUAUAUGGAUCGACACAGAAAAAUGGUUCACAAUAAUCACAUACAUUAGUAUGUAACUAGGUGCACGUAUGUUGACACGGUAUAGUAUGUGUGGAUGUCAGGGGAACUUGUACGUGCUGAUGAGCGUGAAAAAUAAAGCAAACAAAUAAUUGAAUAUGGUGAGGUGAAAAUUUAUAGAGCUAGAGAAAGCCAAUUGAAUAUAUGUUUGCGAUUGUACACUUAA